AUGAAGUUCUUGGCUUCCACCACUCUCCUCCUCGCAACCCCGUUGCUCGCCUCGGCCGCUUCUCUUCCCAAGUUCUUCGACCCGACUCAGGCUACGCUCCGUGUCAAUACCGAUGACAAGCCCAAGGUCCCUGGCGAUAAUCCUUUGAACUACUGCAAAUCCCCAUCGGACUACGUUCUGCAGAUCGACAACGUUGACUUGGACCCCAACCCCCCGGCUGCCGGUCAGAAGCUUCUUAUCACCGCUAGCGGUACUUUCAAUCAGAGGAUCGAGAAGGGCGCUUAUGCGAAUCUUGAGGUCAAAUAUGGUCUUAUCACCUUGGUCAAGCAGACUGUCGACCUCUGUGAGCAGCUUGAAAAUGUCGAUCUGAAAUGCCCUCUGGAGGAGGGCCCAAUGGUUCUGACCAAGGAAGUUGACCUGCCUGGAUUCAUCCCUAAGGGCACAUUCUCUGUUCUGGCUGAUGUCUACAACCAUAAUGAUGACCAGGUCACCUGCCUAGAGGCGAACGGCAUCAAGUUUUAA